CGGGGCUUGGUGGGGCAGGCAACAUGGAGAGGUGGGCGAUUCAACUUGCAGUGCUUCAACACUGGCACCGUCUGUGUACACUGAUCUUGUUGAAGCAAAAUUACUACAUCACGACCGUCCAACUGCUACUUCCCAAGCUCCUUUUUCACUCUUGUCAGGGAUAAAGCCCGUGUGCUCGCACAAUGGAUAUUGAAGAUGACGCCCCGCCGGAACUUGUCGAUAUUCAGGCUGACAGAGGGACGGAUUCAUUAACGCAAGAAGUCGCUGUGAAAGUGCCAAUCACGAUAGUCACAGGCUACCUCGGUGCUGGCAAAACGACGUUGCUCAACUACAUCCUCACAGCUCGACAUGGCAAGAAAAUUGCGGUGAUCAUGAACGAAUUCGGGGAUUCACUGGACAUUGAGAAGUCCCUGACCGUCAACAAGGGAGGUGAAGAAGUCGAGGAAUGGCUCGAGGUCGGGAAUGGCUGCAUAUGCUGUUCCGUCAAGGACACUGGUGUGAAUGCGAUAGAAUCUCUGAUGGAGAAGAAGGGGGCUUUCGACUACAUCCUCCUCGAGACUACAGGGCUGGCUGAUCCUGGAAAUCUGGCACCGCUCUUCUGGGUCGAUGACGGGCUAGGCAGCACCAUCUACCUUGAUGGAAUUGUUACUCUUGUGGACGCGAAAAACAUCUUGCGCAGUCUCGAGGACCCAAAGGGCAAGCUGGAGGACGAGGAUCACGACGAGCAUGGCCCACUGUUGACGACUGCCCACGUUCAGAUCUCACAUGCCGACGUUGUGGUGCUGAACAAGACGGAUCUGGUGACCAAAGAGGAGCUAGACCAUGUCAAGGCAAGGAUUCAGUCCAUCAAUGGGCUUGCCAAGAUCCACGUCACAGAGAGGAGCGAGGUGCCGAAGCUGGAGGGGUUUUUACUAGACCUUCAUGCGUAUGACCAAUUCGACGAGGCCCAGGUUGCGCCAAAAGGUCAUAGCCACCUGGAUCCUGCCAUCUCCACAAUCUCGUUCUCCGUUGGCACAUUAAAGGCGAGUCAGUUGGAUACUGUCGAUCGCUGGCUGAGAUCAAUAUUGUGGGAGUCUCAACUGCCCGGGAAGGGGAAUGACACCAGUUUCGAGAUACACCGAUCGAAAGGACGCCUGAUCUUUGACAAUGGCGAGGUCAAAAUGUUACAGGGUGUACAGGAGAUCUUUGAGCUGAUAGACGCCCCUAACGGUGCUGAAGAAGCCUCGCGGCAGGGCAAGAUCAUUUUGAUAGGUAAGCAUGUGGCGGACGUGGACUUUGAGAGCAGCUUUAAACAGUUCCUCGGAUGAACUGAUGAGGGAGACAAGAAUCAACACAUUCCUGUAUCAAGCUGCCCUGAAGUCAAGUGAGAUGAAGAC